UUUCUGUCUCUGUCUCUGUCUCCCCUUUCUUUCUGUCUCUCUGUCUCUCUGUAUCUCUCCCCCCUCCCACUUCUCUCCUCUCUCUCUUUUUCUCUCUCUCUCCUCUCUCUCUCUCUCUCUCUCUCUCUCUCUCUCUCUCUCUCUCUCUCUCUCUCUCUCUCUCUCUCUCUCUCUCUCUCUCUCUCCUUUUCUGUCUCUCUCUCUCUCUCCCCUUUCUUUCUGUCUCUCUGUCUCUCUGUAUCUCUCCCCCCCCCACUUCUCUCCUCUCUCUCUUUUUCUCUCUCUCUCCUCUCUCUCUCUCUCUCUCUCUCUCUCUCUCUCCCUCCCUCUUCUCUCUCUCUGUCUCUCUGUCUCUCUGUCUCUCUGCUGAAGGACACACACACGCGCGCGUGCACCAUUCAAAGAGGGAGGAUCUCUAGGAACGCCAGCAGCCGUCCCUUCUCCCCCCCCCCGACCCCCACUUUUUUCCUCCUCCUCCCGGACCCCCACUCCAUCCUUCCUUCCUCCCUCCGGCUUAGGCUGCGCAGCCACGCCCCCCUGUACUUCAGUCCCAAAUUCUGCCAAUAACGUCUCCACUGCGCUAGGCUCCGGAGGCUGCGCACUGCAUGGGCACUGCGGUAAAGGCGGCGGCGGUUGGCAGAGGCUGCAGAUGCCGAGAGAAUGACUAGGGCAGCGGUCCUGCGGCAGCCGCGAGGCAGCCUCAGGCGCCGGCGGAGCAAGUCCCUGCCGGGGCUCCUUCUGCUGCAGCUGCUGCUUCUGGCCCCGCGGGCGGACGCCUCGGACCCUCAGGUGCCCCUGCUGCUGUGGUCCAGCAUCCCAGAUUUGCAGCCCUCGUUGGAGAACCCAUACGAAGGCCACAUCUACACUCGUCCUGAGCUUUACUCCUGCCUGGACCCCAUCUUGGAAAAGGGCCCCCAGGCUGUACUGCUGAUCCUGCAGGAAAAACUGAGGCUGGAGGAUUUCACUGCUUUUGGUGAGGUGCCUGGUGAUAAGCCCGAGAGCCCUUUCCCCAACCUACAGGAGGUCCUGAAAGGGGCCCCCUCCUCCUUGGUGCUGCCUGCGGUGGGCUGGUCUGCAGCUGCCACCUUGACCUCUUACCUGACCCAGAAGUUGGGUACAGGACCUCUGCAUGUGGAUCAGGCAUCCCUCAGGGAGCUGAGACUGAACACCACCCACCCUCUACUGCUUCUGGUCUACAUACCCUCAACGGCUAGCACUGACUUGGAUGCUCACAAGGAAGCCCUGGCAGACCAAGAUAAGAUCCUUGGGCAGGUGCUGAGCAGGCUCCAGGCAGAAGGAAAACCCUACACAGCCUUGCUUACUGCUCUUCGGCCUUCCAGGAUUGCCCGAGAUGUGUCACUUGUGUCUGGGGGACUGGGACAGCAGCUCCUGGGAGACAGCCAAGAGUACAAGACCCAACCGGCCUGGCCAUCAGUCCUGCCACCAGUAAGCUAUGGUGACACAGAGCCCCGCAUCCUGUUCUGGGCCAGACAAUUUACUGUAAGCUAUGGCAGACAGACACAAGACCUCACAUCACUCACCUUCGGAGCCCCAGAGCUCAAUUUGACAGGCUCCAGCUGGAACGACUCUGCUGCCCAGCUUGUGAUGACCUACAACAACCUCUUUGGUCCAUUCUUGAGGCUGAAGUUCAGUAUGAUCAAUCACUUCUACCCAGGGUCACACCGGAGCUGGUUCAUCAUGGAGGGGCUCGAGAUCAAGACCCACAACUCGACAGCUUUCUUCAGUUCUGUGCAGGUCAUUGCACCCAGCACCCACUCCUACCACUGCCAUUAUGUAAGCAGUGACCUCACCAAAUGGGGCAUUCUGAUGCCUCAUGAUUUUCUCUCCCCCUGGAGUGUAACUCUCCAGGAUUUCCAGAUCCAAGCCUUCAACCUGUCUGGUGGCAGCUUUUCAGGGGCCAGUGACUGUGCAGCCUUCUUCUCCCCUGCUAUCUGGAUGGGGCUGGUCUCUUCUCUCUUCAUGCUUUUCUGUAUUACCUUUGGGGUACAUAUAAUCUUUAAACUCAAGUCCCUCAACCGAUUUGAUGAAUACAAAGGGGACCCCCUCUUUGAGCCUCUUAUGGACUGAUGCUGUGAGAUGAUUGUAGCUCUAGUUGUGUGUCUAUUUGCCUGGUCCCUUUGUCCUAAAGGCUUGCAAAGAGCCUCUGCUUUCACCUUGUUCUUCCUCAGUAUCUAGGGUUCCCUAUGUAUAUUAUCCUGCCUAACUCCUCACCUCUCCCUUCUAAGUUAGUAAGCAUUUAUGAGGUGCUUCCUCUGUGCCUAGUGCUGGGGACACAAAAACAAAAAUGAAGGGGAUCUUGCUCUCAAGGAGAGGCAGUUGUCUUAUUGCCUAUUUGAGGAGCAUCCAUAGGCAGAGUUAAUAGAUCUAGAGCUGAGAAGGAUCUUACAGGCCAUCUAAUAUGACUCCCGAAUUUCACAGGGGAGGAAAUAGAGACCCAAAGGAGUUAAGUGGUAUCCCAAGGUCAUACACCUAGUAAGUAAAAGAGAAAAAUAGGAUGGGAAUCCAUGACCUUCAUUUCUAAAUUACUAAUUUCUCUGCUGUACCAUAUUGGUUUCCAUCUCCUUUCCCUUCCCUUCCUAACCAUUGCCCAUAACAAGUAUCGCCCAGUGGAAAUCUGGAAGGCUUGAAAAAAAAAAAGAUGCAGAAGAGAAUUUGGCUCUGAGUCUCAGAAAUACCUUAAGACAAUGAAUCCUUGCUGGCAUGGAGAAGGGAGACUCCAGUUAAUACCCUCUUUCAAUUCCCAUAAUCAAGGUCCACUAUAAGGAUUGUUUUAUCAUUAUAUAAAAAUAAAAAAUCAUUUAGGGAGUGGGGGUUGGAGAAAACACCAAAUCUAUUUAAACCCCUUUGCCUUCAUGCUGUCUGCCUGCUCUUAUUCUUUCCUCCCAAUGUUCCCAGUCAGGAGGUAAUGGGUUUCCCCUCCUUGAAGAUUUAUAAGCAAAGGCUGGAUUACUACUUUGGGGUACAUUGUUAAGAAGAUAGUUCAGGGAAUAGAUUUAAACAGAUGACAUCUCUUUCAGCUCUAAGAUCCUAUGACUCUAUCUUGAUAAAAUGAGUAAGAAAGGUUAUAUAAGUCCAGAUAUUCUCUGCCUAAUUUACUGGAUGGCUUUAGGUCAGAUGAAUGAGGACUUUGCAUGAUUGAUGGUUUCUUUCCAUGGAACCAGUAUUUAUCUUGUUUGGACUGAUUUAUAUAUUUACUCUCCAAAAGAAAUUGAUAUUAUUUACCCCCAGCACUUAGUAUGGUGGCUAAUAAAUGAGGUUUAAUAAAUGCUUUUUUAUUCAUUAAAGAUUCCCCUUCUUGUCUGCUGAGCCAUAAGAGCUCAGGAGACUCAGGGAGAUAAAAAGGGCUUUCUUCCUUCCUGACUGUGAACCCCACAGAGUGGUUCCAGCAGGGUCCCCAGAGUUGGGUGUGAAAAAGGGCAAAUGCCCUCUCUCACACCUGGCCCCCAUGCGGUCAUGAUGUGGCCGUCCUUGUAUUUGGUGUUUGUACUUACUUAAUCUUUGUAGAGUAUCCCCUGGUGCAUGUGUCCAGGACUAAGUCGGCUUUGAAUUCCAAAAGUUACCAGAAGCAUAUAAGUGUAGCUGUUAACUGUUUCCAAAAACAGGGAGUUCAUCACCUGGGAAGCUGCUACCUCCAAGAGUGUGUGUGGACAAAGGCAAGAGGUCUGGUCCAAUCCUGACACUUGUUACCAACAAAGGAGGGCUAGAAAUGGUUGUAAAGUGUGGAAUUCUAUGAAAUAUGAAACACUGGUAUGUUAAUUUAGCACAAAAUACAGUUUAUUAUGCUGAAACUUAAAUGUUGGCCUCUUAAUAUAACUAGUUAUAACAUAAAUCCUUAUUGCUUUUAUACCUGUUCUGUGACUGUGAACUGUGAUUAUUUCAUGUGCAGCAAUUCUUUCAUAGUAGGAAUAAACAAUGUUUCAUACCAGAUAAUUGUUUUUACACUGAGUAUCAUUGUUUAACUCCUCCCUCAUCUUUCUGAAAAUCCUAGUGUUAGAUAUAAAUGGAAGGAUCCCCCUGUGAAUCUGGAGGGAGGAGGAUGGCACAUAAUCUGUGAAGGGGACAAAAGGAAGCCCCCUCUCGGGAGAGGGUCAACCCAAAAGCACGCAACACCCCAUGGAUUCUAGAAGCUUAAAUGACUAGUGAUAAUAGAGGGAAUGUAAAGGGCUCCUCUCGCUACGACGGGAGGUCAUCACCUCUGAAGUCUCAGGAAAACCUAGAAAGCCCGGCUUCUCCAGGACCAGAGGAAGGAGGGGUCUGACGUCACCAGGGACUGGGCACUCCUUCCCCCCGCUUUCCCAGACAUCUCUUGGGAGAGUCUGGCCUCUCCUAGAAAGGGGUAUGCAAAAGGGGGUGGGGAAGAAACUGUGGUUGUAGCUAGGCAGAAGAACCGUUCUCGGAAUGCCCCAGGUCCCGCGUUCCCUCCUCCUAGCUAGGAAGCACUUAGCGGCCCUCUUGAUGACCCGGCCCUGGUCUCUUGGGUAAGGCCUCCGAGUCUCACUCCGUAUCCAUAGCGACGGCGCUGAGUAGAGGGGAAGGGGGGAGAGGCGGAGCAUGUGGAGCCCCUUUCCGAAGGGUAAGAGACGGCGGCUGACGAGGGUUCAGCUGCAGUGCGGUUGAGCAGACCGGUGAUGCGGAUCCGGGCGCGAGCCCUUUAAGGAGUCACGUGCUACGCCCUGCGGCGCUCUGCCCUGCCUCCCUACGCCGCCACGCCGCCGCGCCGCCGCGCAGUCGUCCAGGAUUCUCUGGUCCCUGACCACGACCUUGGUAACCGGUAAGAAAGGACUAGCGGUUAGUCCUGGACCCUCUUCUGUUGAGAUGCGAUUCCUGCUGCCAGCAGUGAGGAAUCCGGAGCCCCAAGGGCGAGCGUCAGGGCAGGAAACUGAGGCCCAGUCUUGGGAGGGGACCCCCGAGUUCUUUGCCUGGGUUAGGCCCCAAGAGAGCCUUUCCUGUUGUCUGAAGACCUUCCUGGAGGACACGGCCACCCGCUAAUGAACUCCAUUGACUGGCCAGUGUCCUGGGAAGGCCAGCUUUGGAAGACUGACACUGGGGCACCUGAAGAACCUUUGGAAAGGCCACUUCUAUAGGUCAGGUUUGAGAAGAUCCCCCACACUGAGCUGCUGCUCUUCCUGCAGGACAAGCCAAGGCUUGAUUCCUUUAUCCUGCCUAUGGCUGGCUCUUUGUCAACAAGAGAGUCAGGUAGCCCCCCAGAGUGGAGGAUGGCCCAAAGCUCCUUGGUGGUGCCUGCUGUGCACUGGUCUGCAGCUGCCACCCUGACUUCUUAGGUGACCCAGAAGUUGGAAGCCAGCCCUCACCAUGUGGAACAGACCACCAUGAGGGAGCUGAAGCUGAACACCACGCGCUCUGCCCAGCUGCUGAGGGGAGGGAGCCAGCCCAUCCUGAGGGCAGUCUCCCCACCUUCUCAGCCCCCCAAACAAUGACACAGAGACAUCCCAGGUCAGGGGAUAUCCAGGCUCCCAUCAGAAAAAAAUAGUCUCUACAGUUGCUCAUUUCUGUGUCACCUCCAGGGUGGAAGGGGGGGUGUUCUCUGUUGUCUAGAGAGCUGGAGGGGACAGCUGUUGGGGGGCCUGCCAACCUGGUCCUCAGCACUGCCACAAGUGACCUGGAGCUGGACAUAUCCUAUUCAGGCCAGGCCCUCUCUGUGCCCUGCAACAAGCAGAGAAGAGGCCUGAGGGCCCCCUGGCCUGUGGAGCUCCAGUGCCCCAUCUGACUGGCUCCAGCUGGACUGCAUGGCCCAGCCUGUACUGACUAGAACCCUCUCCUUAACCCCUUCCUGAAACUGUCUGGUCAUUGCCUUGUACCCAGGACCACUCUGUAUAAGAGUGCUGUGUAACACAGUGAAAGGUGCCCCCUGAAGCAUCCAGCUCUCCCACCCCCUUUGCCAUGUGACUCCCCAGAUUUGCAGGCAUAGGCCUUCUUUUAAGAUGAGGGGUAGCUGGGUGGCUCAGUAUAUAGAGAACUAGGCCUAGAAUCAGGUGGCCCUGGCUGCAAAUCUGGCCUCAGACACUUCCUUUCUGUGUGACCCUGGGGAAAUUACUUAACUCCCAUUGCCUAGCCCAGUAAUGGCAAAUCUGUGGCACAGAUGCCAAAGCCCCACACCCAGAGUUUGUUACUAGAAGAGCAGAGGGACUCCCUUCCCCCUCUCCACCAUGCCUGACAACAUUUUUUCCUAUCCCCUGCCCCUCUGCCCAACAACCCAGUGGGAGUGCUGCCUCCCUCUCCUUUGUGGGGUAAAGGGCAGGGACCUGGGCCUGGAACUCCAUCUCUAAAAGGUUCACCAUCUCUAGCCUAGACCUUCCUGUUCUUCUGCCUUAGAACCAAUACACAGUAUUGAUUCUAAGAAGGUAUGAAUUGAAGGAAAGAAAAAACAACAUUGAGGUGGAAUCCUUGGCCAGAGGGCCCUUCAUCCUUUCCAAGUCUAAGAUCCUUGGAUGCUGCCCUUCCUAUUUGUGUGUAUCAUGGAUGUGACAGUGGGUGGGCAAGUUGUCUGUCUACAGCCAGGGGCCCACCUAUGGGAGCUUGGAAGACCCACUUCUGGACAAACUGAUCUCAUCCAUGAGGGAUUGACACUGUAUAUAUAAGUCCCUUCUCUGUAUUCCUUUUGUGUAUGUAUUCUGAUCUAUGUGUGUGGUCAACUGCAGGGACUAGUUCUCCUUUUUAUGUUUUUUAACCCCCAGAAUUCCCCCCAGUGCUUGGCACAUAGUGACUGCUGCUAAAUGCUAGUUUAUUUUAGAGGCAACCAAGUAUCCUAAGGACUUGGGUUCAGAGAGACCUAACUUCAAAUUCUGACACACACAUACAUACAUACUAGCUGUGUGACCCUGGAGAAGUCUCUUAAGUCUUUUUUCAGCUCUGUUUGCUCAUCUGUAAAAUGGGCAGAAUGCUAGCACCUACCUCACAGGGUGGUUGUGAGGAUCAAAUGUGAAGUGCUUUGCAUACAUUAGACAGCUGUGUAAGUACUAGCUACCAGGAUUAUUCUAACUGCUGAUGGACAGAAAUGCCCUUAGUUCUCUACUGAGCCAGAAGAGCUCAGUAGGCGCAGAUACCUCAAAAGUGUUUUCCUCCUCUCCCUCUGUGAAUCAUGUAACCUGGUUCCAGCUGGGUCCCCAGAGGUGGGUAGUGACUGACCCCUCUUGCACCUGGCCUCCCCUUGGCUGUAGGGUCAUGCCUACCCUGCUCUUACCCUGUGUGACCUUUCCUCUUCCUAGUCCAGCUAGAAUCCCCUGAUGCAUUUGUCAAGGCCUGGCAGUUCUCCAGGGCACAGAAGCCUGUAAGUGGGACAGCUGUCCUGGGUCUCAGCAGCAGAGCCUGAGGUCAGGGAAGAUUCUGUCCCAGGCAGGAUGGCCUCCAGCUUGAUGACUACCUGAGGAGGACUGUUCCUGGUCCCAUGAUGGAGUGGCCCACACCAGGGUUUUCAGUCUUGUUUGUUGCCUCCUUUCCUCUUCCCUUCCACUGCAGGUCUGCCAGGAAGUUGUCUUGUCACUUUUCUCUCCUUCCUCCUCAUCUGAUGUUUCCUUUGAGUCUCAUCCAGACCCAAUCAUCUCUCUCCCACUUAAUUCAUUUCAACAGAGCUUUAUUAAGGGCCUCUUCUGGGUCCAGGAAUGAGGACUUUGGUUCACAUGUCUGUCAAGGUUUGAUUCCAUGUGUUCCAAUUCUGAAUCUACUGAAAUGGGCCUCCCCUGGGGACACUAAAAGUAAAUGUGUUAAGAGAGCUUGGCCUUGGAUCCCUUGGACUUUCUGCAGCAACCCAUCCCUUGUGCAGGGACCCCAGAAGUCUCUGCUGACCUUCAGAAGAGGCAGGAGCUGAAUCUCUUUUCCAUUCCAAACUCCUCUAUGAUGGAGAAGUGUAGCUCAUCAGUCCAUUGAUAGACCAAAGGCCUCUUUUGAGGGGAAGGGGCCAGCACUGCUCCUCAAACCCUUUCUCUCUUCCUAUUAGCUUCCAUUUUUUAUCCCUCCCUCAAAACUCCACCUCCCCUUGCUGAUCUUUACCUAGAGGGGAGAUAACCUUGAGAUCCCUUCUCCUUCCAGCAUUGCAUGAUGCUUGCCUUGAGACCUUGUACAGGGGUUUGUAUAGAGCAUCAGUUGGGAUAUCAUCACUGUUUCCAGAUCAUUGGGGGCCUGCUUCUAGCCAAGGAGAGACUAUUCUCUGAGAGGUGUGUGUGCACUGUAAAUGGGUACUUUCCACCAACCAUGUGUUUUUCUUAUGUGUACUGAGAAAUAUAUGAGAUCUCCUUUAAGGGAGGGUUUGCUUUUUUUGUGUGUGUCUGCCAUCUAGGACCAGUCUAAAACUGGGAGAGCUUAAUUACUUUUUAAUCACUUGUUAAUUGUUUAAAGAUUUAUUUCAUUGCCUGCUGAGAUAAGAGCUCAGUAGAAUCGGUUAGUUAGAAAAGGGCUAAUUUCCUUCCCCACUGUGAAUCCUCAUAGAAUGGUUCCAGCUGGGUCCCCAGAGUUGGGUGGGAAGAGGGACAGUUAGUUGUCCUGUUUCCCACCUGGCCUCCAUAUGGCCGGAAGGCCAUACCUACUGUAUGAUUGUGUGUGUGUGUGAGGUGUGUGUGUGGAUGUGUGUGGCAUCUCUAUUGAAAGGGAUGUGGAUGUGUGUAUAGCUGUCUGAGGCUUGGUGUGGGUGACAUGUGAGUUUGAGUGGGUGGGUGGGUAUGAGUGUGUAUCCUUUCAUCAUCUUGUGUAAAUGAGUUUCAAUGUAUCCAUCAACUGGAUUGAUCUUUGGACUGGAAGAUGUAAGAGUUAGGAGAGGCCCAUGGGUGUAGCACCUUGUUUUCCACUAAGUAAGAGUGUUGCCUGGUAAGGAAAGCUUCGAUGGAGAAUCUGGCUCCUGGCCCAACCAAGAUGAAAUGUAAAAUGCCUGUACAAACCCUUCCUUCUCAGAAGAGGCUUCCUCUUGGCCUCCCACUGUAUUGCACCUCUAGUUCUCUUGUUAAUUCCUUGAGUUUGUGCUGUGAUUCUUGUGUGUGUCUAGACUUCUUUUCUGCACUAGAAUAAAGGACCUGUUCUUACCCAGUUCUUGUGUCUAUGGUCUUGGUUCUUUCCGUCCCCCUUUGGGGGAAGCCCUAAGAGAGGGAGAGAAUGCACACUGGCAUAGCACCUCCUCUCUGCCAGGCCCUUUACACAGAGCAUCCUCAUGGGACACGUGAGGAAACAGAGGCACAUGCAGACCUUCCUUCCUCCGGGCCUAAGGAGGGCCGGUCUCCGUGGCCUUGGCCUUCUCUUCCCUGCCCCGCGUCAGUGACCCCGGAAUGGACCAGGCAUGCCUGACUCUGGCUUCCCCGAGAGCGCUUAUAGAUCCAUCGGAGGUUGGGCGUCUGACGUCACCAGGGGCGGGCCCUCUCUCAGACAUCCCUGAAUGCUGGUCCUCCCAGCCCAUGGAGAGUGAAGAAUGGGCGGGUGGGAGUACUCUGUUGCUAAGUAGAAGAACAGUCCUCCAAGAUGGUCCGACCCAGCAUGCCCCGCGUUCGCUCCUCCUCGCUAGAGAGUUCGUAGCAGCGGUCUUGUUGGCCAGGCGAGGCCCUCUGGGGUAAGGUCAAAGAGUCGUGCUUCGUGUCCACGGCGACGUCACUGGUGGGGGGCUCAAAGGGAGAGGAGCGUGUUGCGUGCAGAUUUCCUUCCUGUCUGAGUGGCGGACGGCGACUGUCGAGGCUCAAGCCGUAUCGCCGUCAAGAAGACUAGUGUGGUGAAUCCGGGAGCGGUUCCUUUAAGUAGUCACGUGCCGAGCCGCGCCCGUCCUCUUCUAACUGUAAGGCCUCCCUGGUGCGCUCGUUCCUGCUGGCCAAGGAGGGGCUGGACGACUGGACGAUGGGUGGUGCAGUCCUUGCCGUACCACCCUGGAACUCUGCCUUCCCUGUAACUGCUCCUGAGGGUGAGGACCAGGAUCCGGCUCCCGAGUAAGGAACUCCAUUGACUGGCCAGUGUCCUGGGAAGGCCAGCUUUGGAAGACUGACACUGGGGCACCUGAAGAACCUUUGGAAAGGCCACUUCUAUAGGUCAGGUUUGAGAAGAUCCCCCACACUGAGCUGCUGCUCUUCCUGCAGGACAAGCCAAGGCUUGAUUCCUUUAUCCUGCCUAUGGCUGGCUCUUUGUCAACAAGAGAGUCAGGUAGCCCCCCAGAGUGGAGGAUGGCCCAAAGCUCCUUGGUGGUGCCUGCUGUGCACUGGUCUGCAGCUGCCACCCUGACUUCUUAGGUGACCCAGAAGUUGGAAGCCAGCCCUCACCAUGUGGAACAGACCACCAUGAGGGAGCUGAAGCUGAACACCAUGCGCUCUGCCCAGCUGCUGAGGGGAGGGAGCCAGCCCAUCCUGAGGGCAGUCUCCCCACCUUCUCAGCCCCCCAAACAAUGACACAGAGACAUCCCAGGUCAGGGGAUAUCCAGGCUCCCAUCAGAAAAAAAAUGGUCUCUACAGUUGCUCAUUUCUGUGUCACCUCCAGGAUGGAGGGGGGGGUUGUUCUCUGUUGUCUAGAGAGCUGGAGGGGACAGCUGUUGGGGGGCCUGCCAACCUGGUCCUCAGCACUGCCACAAGUGACCUGGAGCUGGACAUAUCCUAUUCAGGCCAGGCCCUCUCUGUGCCCUGCAACAAGCAGAGAAGAGGCCUGAGGGCCCCCUGGCCUGUGGAGCUCCAGUGCCCCAUCUGACUGGCUCCAGCUGGACUGCAUGGCCCAGCCUGUACUGACUAGAACCCUCUCCUUAACCCCUUCCUGAAACUGUCUGGUCAUUGCCUUGUACCCAGGACCACUCUGUAUAAGAGUGCUGUGUAACACAGUGAAAGGUGCCCCCUGAAGCAUCCAGCUCUCCCACCCCCUUUGCUAUGUGACUCCCCAGAUUUGCAGGCAUAGGCCUUCUUUUAAGAUGAGGGGUAGCUGGGUGGCUCAGUAUAUAGAGAACUAGGCCUAGAAUCAGGUGGCCCUGGCUGCAAAUCUGGCCUCAGACACUUCCUUUCUGUGUGACCCUGGGGAAAUCACUUAACUCCCAUUGCCUAGCCCAGUAAUGGCAAAUCUAUGGCACAGAUGCCAAAGCCCCACACCCAGAGUUUGUUACUAGAAGGGCAGAGGGACUCCCUUCCCCCUCUCCACCAUGCCUGACAACAUUUUUUCCUAUCCCCUGCCCCUCUGCCCAACAACCCAGUGGGAGUGCUGCCUCCCUCUCCUUUGUGGGGUAAAGGGAAGGGACCUGGGCCUGGAACUCCAUCUCUAAAAGGUUCACCAUCUCUAGCCUAGACCUUCCUGUUCUUCUGCCUUAGAACCAAUAUACAGUAUUGAUUCUAAGAAGGUAUGAAUUGAAGGAAAGAAAAAACAACAUUGAGGUGGAAUCCUUGGCCAGAGGGCCCUUCAUCCUUUCCAAGUCUAAGAUCCUUGGAUGCUGCCCUUCCUAUUUGUGUGUAUCAUGGAUGUGACAGUGGGUGGGCAAGUUGUCUGUCUACAGCCAGGGGCCCACCUAUGGGAGCUUGGAAGACCCACUUCUGGACAAACUGAUCUCAUCCAUGAGGGAUUGACACUGUAUAUACAAGUCCCUUCUCUGUAUUCCUUUUGUGUAUGUAUUCUGAUCUAUGUGUGUGGUCGACUGCAGGGACUAGUUCUCCUUUUUAUGUUUUUUAACCCCCAGAAUUCCCCCCAGUGCUUGGCACAUAGUGACUGCUGCUAAAUGCUAGUUUAUUUUAGAGGCAACCAAGUAUCCUAAGGACUUGGGUUCAGAGACCUAUCUUCAAAUUCUGACACACACACACACACAUACAUACAUACUAGCUGUGUGACCCUGGAGAAGUCUCUUAAGUCUUUUUUCAGCUCUGUUUGCUCAUCUGUAAAAUGGGCAGAAUGCUAGCACCUACCUCACAGGGUGGUUGUGAGGAUCAAAUGUGAAGUGCUUUGCAUACAUUAGACAGCUGUGUAAGUACUAGCUACCAGGAUUAUUCUAACUGCUGAUGGACAGAAAUGCCCUUAGUUCUCUACUGAGCCAGAAGAGCUCAGUAGGCGCAGAUACCUCAAAAGUGUUUUCCUCCUCUCCCUCUGUGAAUCAUGUAACCUGGUUCCAGCUGGGUCCCCAGAGGUGGGUAGUGACUGACCCCUCUUGCACCUGGCCUCCCCUUGGCUGUAGGGUCUUACCUACCCUGCUCUUACCCUGUGUGACCUUUCCUCUUCCUAGUCCAGCUAGAAUCCCCUGAUGCAUUUGUCAAGGCCUGGCAGUUCUCCAGGGCACAGAAGCCUGUGAGUGGGACAGCUGUCCUGGGUCUCAGCAGCAGAGCCUGAGGUCAGGGAAGAUUCUGUCCCAGGCAGGAUGGCCUCCAGCUUGAUGACUACCUGAGGAGGACUGUUCCUGGUCCCAUGAUGGAGUGGCCCACACCAGGGUUUUCAGUCUUGUUUGUUGCCUCCUUUCCUCUUCCCUUCCACUGCAGGUCUGCCAGGAAGUUGUCUUGUCACUUUUCUCUCCUUCAUAUGUGGUUUUCCCUUUACCUAUCUUCCUUACCUCCUUCUAUUUAUGUUUAAUUCAACAAGUCUUUGUGAAGUGCCUUUUCUGUGCCCAGUGCUGGUGGUACAAUUAAAAAAGCCUUCUCUUUUCCAGUAAUCUAGGAGAUAGUUGUUUUUGUUUUUGUUUUUUUAAUUCACUCAUUCUUCAUAUAGUUGGAAAACCUGCAGACAUGAACUGAAGGAGACCUUAUAGGAAGAAUCUACGGACAGACUUGAAUAAUUUUAUAAAGGAAGAGGUGCCAACCUGCAUAAUAUCUUUCUCAAUGUAAAAUAGUUUAGUGACAUUUUUACAAGUGAGAUUCGAACUGAUGUCCUCCACAGUAGGUCUCUUUUUUUUUUCCGGACCCUUAGCCUCUACCUAUGACAAUUACCUCUUCCAUCAUUGGAAUUUUCAGAGACUGAAAUCUUGGGAUGAGUCAUUGGGACAUCUUUAGUUCAUCUCUCUGUUGGACAUAUUUCCUACAGGAUCCAAUGAAAAAUAUGGGUGGCAAUAACCCAUUCCUCUUCCACUCUAAUUUCUCCCCACUCUAUUCAAAUAGGGUAUAGAAGAGUAGCUAUGUCUAUAUCUAUAUAAUUUAAAAAAUUAAAAAAUUUCAAUAUUGAGGAGCCACUAAUGCUUCCUAAACCUUUUUCUCUUUUCUUGCCUUCUUUCCUUUAUUUUCCUUCCCUAAUGCCCACCAAGUUCAUAAGUUGGUGUAAGUGAAGCCUUUUCUCUAUCUCCUUAGACAUUAUUUUUAGAGAUUAUAUAAUCUUGAGAUUCCUUCCACUUUGAAUAUUAUAUGUAUCUUCAGAGAUACUACAGGGGGAUAUUCAGAGCAUAGGCAGAUAUUUUCACUUUGUUUCCAAAAAUUUUAGGGACCUGCUUCUAACCAAAUGAGAUGCAGAAGGGCUUGAAUUGUAAAUGAUUACUUUCCAUAUAUUGUUUUUCACUUGUUUUUAUUUUCUUAAUUGCCUGAGGAACAUAUGGAGCAUUUUACUAUUUCUAUCUUCAGCAUAUUAUACUUAGUUUGAAAAAGAGAAGGCUUAAUAACUGCUUGUUGAUUAAUUAAAGAUACCUCUAAUUGUCUGCUGAGCCAAAGGAGCUCUGUAGACUCAGAUGGAAAUUAAUGUGCUAUUUUCCUUCCCCACUGUGAAUCAUGUAAGGUGGUUCCAGCUGGGUCCCCAGUGCUAGGUGGGUAAAGGAACAAUUGUUCUGUCUCUCACCUGGCCUCCAUGCAGCCAUGAGGAUGUGGCUGUCCUUUUGUGUGUGUGCCUGUGGGUGGGUGUGUAUGUGUAUAGUCUUAGGUAAAUGAGUGUACCCUGAUGCAUGUAUGGAGAAUGGUAUUCCCAAGGGUCUUGAGGUUACCUGCCAUCUUUGAGUACAGCAGCUGCAUCUUCCACUAAGCAACAAUGUUGCAUGGUAAGGAAAGCUUCAUUGGAGAAUCUGGCCCCUGACAAUGUCUUGAAGCUUGGCCAGGGCCCAACCAAGAUGAAAUGUAAAAUGCCUGAUGGGCUGUCUUGUACAAACCCUUUCUCCUGGCCUUGCACUGUAUUGUAGUUCUAGUUCUUCUGUUAAUUUCAUGAGUGUGUGCUGUCAUUCUUGUGUGUCUAAACUUUUCUGCACUGCAAUAAAGGACCUGUUCUUACCCAGUUCUUGUAUCUGGUCUUUUUUUGCCUCCCCUUUUCGGGGAAGCCCUCAGAGAGGGAGGGAAUGUGCACCAACACAAGUUCUCCUCUUUGCCGGACCCUUUCUACUGAUCAUCCUCUUGGGACACUUGAGACAGAGGCACACGCAGAGCUGACUGGCUUGGGCUGUACUGGCCAAGGAAAGCCGAGUCUUGGUGGCCUGAGCCUUUUCUUCUCCGACCUCAGCCCCCCCCCCCCGCCCCCGUCUUGCUGGAGAGAACCGGAAAUGGACUGGGUGGGCCUCUGGCGUCACGGGGGCUGAGCUCUCCCUCUCCCAUAUCACUGAAUGCGGUUCUCUUGGUCUUUGGGAAUGGAGAAGGGGCAGACUUGAGGGACAGAGUUGAUAGGCAGAAGAACCAUCUUACGUGGGUUUCGAACCCAGCAUGCCCCGCGUUUGCUCCCCCUCUCUAGGAAGCUCGUGGCGGCUCUGGAUGGCGGGGUCUGGGCCUCUGCGGGUAAGGCCCAGGAUCGGGGCUCCGUGUCCAUGGCGACGGCGCCCGAGGACUGGGGGAGGCCCGUUACAACUUUGAUGUAUGUUGGCGGAUCUUUCUAUGGGGGCGAGGAUGGCGGCUGAGGAGGCUCAAGCAGCAUUCCUGUCAAGAAGGCUCAGAGCACGAAGCGGAGAGCGGCCCCUUUAAGGAGUUACGUGCUUCUCUGCGUCUAGAGCUGGCAGGGAGGAGCCCGGGGGCCACUGCAGGUGUUUCUGUUCUAGACUCCGCGUUUCUGGCAUUUAUCCGGGGUGGCUACAACGCUGUUCUACGCUCACUUCAUCCUGCAGAGGAACAGAAUGGCCAAAAGAAGCACCUGUCAGUGCUGGAGGACAUAGAGGAAGACGGGGUCACAUACAACAUCCACUGAAACUGUCAGUUGUCAAUCUGGAUAGUUUUGGAACCACUGGGGAAUCAGGCAAGCCCAGAACUCAUCUGACCAUCCUCUUUGCCCAGUGUUCCAAAUACUGCUGCUGCCCUAUUUCCCAGGGAGGUUAAUGGAGAACUUAACUAAGGAACUCCAUUGACUGGCCAGUGUCCUGGGAAGGCCAACUUUGGAAGACUGACACUGGGGCACCUGAAGAACCUUUGGAAAGGCCACUUCUGUAGGUCAGGUUUGAGAAGAUCCCCCACACUGAGCUGCUGCUCUUCCUGCAGGACAAGCCAAGGCUUGAUUCCUUUAUCCUGCCUAUGGCUGGCUCUUUGUCAACAAGAGAGUCAGGUAGCCCCCCAGAGUGGAGGAUGGCCCAAAGCUCCUUGGUGGUGCCUGCUGUGCACUGGUCUGCAGCUGCCACCCUGACUUCUUAGGUGACCCAGAAGUUGGAAGCCAGCCCUCACCAUGUGGAACAGACCACCAUGAGGGAGCUGAAGCUGAACACCAUGCGCUCUGCCCAGCUGCUGAGGGGAGGGAGCCAGCCCAUCCUGAGGGCAGUCUCCCCACCUUCUCAGCCCCCCAAACAAUGACACAGAGACAUCCCAGGUCAGGGGAUAUCCAGGCUCCCAUCAGAAAAAAAAUGGUCUCUACAGUUGCUCAUUUCUGUGUCACCUCCAGGAUGGAGGGGGGGGGUGUUCUCUGUUGUCUAGAGAGCUGGAGGGGACAGCUGUUGGGGGGCCUGCCAACCUGGUCCUCAGCACUGCCACAAGUGACCUGGAGCUGGACAUAUCCUAUUCAGGCCAGGCCCUCUCUGUGCCCUGCAACAAGCAGAGAAGAGGCCUGAGGGCCCCCUGGCCUGUGGAGCUCCAGUGCCCCAUCUGACUGGCUCCAGCUGGACUGCAUGGCCCAGCCUGUACUGACUAGAACCCUCUCCUUAACCCCUUCCUGAAACUGUCUGGUCAUUGCCUUGUACCCAGGACCACUCUGUAUAAGAGUGCUGUGUAACACAGUGAAAGGUGCCCCCUGAAGCAUCCAGCUCUCCCACCCCCUUUGCCAUGUGACUCCCCAGAUUUGCAGGCAUAGGCCUUCUUUUAAGAUGAGGGGUAGCUGGGUGGCUCAGUAUAUAGAGAACUAGGCCUAGAAUCAGGUGGCCCUGGCUGCAAAUCUGGCCUCAGACACUUCCUUUCUGUGUGACCCUGGGGAAAACACUUAACUCCCAUUGCCUAGCCCAGUAAUGGCAAAUCUGUGGCACAGAUGCCAAAGCCCCACACCCAGAGUUUGUUACUAGAAGGGCAGAGGGACUCCCUUCCCCCUCUCCACCAUGCCUGACAACAUUUUUUCCUAUCCCCUGCCCCUCUGCCCAACAACCCAGUGGGAGUGCUGUCUCCCUCUCCUUUGUGGGGUAAAGGGCAGGGACCUGGGCCUGGAACUCCAUCUCUAAAAGGUUCACCAUCUCUAGCCUAGACCUUCCUGUUCUUCUGCCUUAGAACCAAUAUACAGUAUUGAUUCUAAGAAGGUAUGAAUUGAAGGAAAGAAAAAACAACAUUGAGGUGGAAUCCUUGGCCAGAGGGCCCUUCAUCCUUUCCAAGUCUAAGAUCCUUGGAUGCUGCCCUUCCUAUUUGUGUGUAUCAUGGAUGUGACAGUGGGUGGGCAAGUUGUCUGUCUACAGCCAGGGGCCCACCUAUGGGAGCUUGGAAGACCCACUUCUGGACAAACUGAUCUCAUCCAUGAGGGAUUGACACUGUAUAUACAAGUCCCUUCUCUGUAUUCCUUUUGUGUAUGUAUUCUGAUCUAUGUGUGUGGUCGACUGCAGGGACUAGUUCUCCUUUUUAUGUUUUUUAACCCCCAGAAUUCCCCCCAGUGCUUGGCACAUAGUGACUGCUGCUAAAUGCUAGUUUAUUUUAGAGGCAACCAAGUAUCCUAAGGACUUGGGUUCAGAGACCUAUCUUCAAAUUCUGACACACACACACACACAUACAUACAUACUAGCUGUGUGACCCUGGAGAAGUCUCUUAAGUCUUUUUUCAGCUCUGUUUGCUCAUCUGUAAAAUGGGCAGAAUGCUAGCGCCUACCUCACAGGGUGGUUGUGAGGAUCAAAUGUGAAGUGCUUUGCAUACAUUAGACAGCUGUGUAAGUACUAGCUACCAGGAUUAUUCUAACUGCUGAUGGACAGAAAUGCCCUUAGUUCUCUACUGAGCCAGAAGAGCUCAGUAGGCGCAGAUACCUCAAAAGUGUUUUCCUCCUCUCCCUCUGUGAAUCAUGUAACCUGGUUCCAGCUGGGUCCCCAGAGGUGGGUAGUGACUGACCCCUCUUGCACCUGGCCUCCCCUUGGCUGUAGGGUCUUACCUACAGCCUACCCUGCUCUUACCCUGUGUGACCUUUCCUCUUCCUAGUCCAGCUAGAAUCCCCUGAUGCAUUUGUCAAGGCCUGGCAGUUCUCCAGGGCACAGAAGCCUGUGAGUGGGACAGCUGUCCUGGGUCUCAGCAGCAGAGCCUGAGGUCAGGGAAGAUUCUGUCCCAGGCAGGAUGGCCUCCAGCUUGAUGACUACCUGAGGAGGACUGUUCCUGGUCCCAUGAUGGAGUGGCCCACACCAGGGUUUUCAGUCUUGUUUGUUGCCUCCUUUCCUCUUCCCUUCCACUGCAGGUCUGCCAGGAAGUUGUCUUGUCACUUUUCUCUCCUUCUUCCUCAUCUGAUGUUUCCUUUGAGUCUCAUCCAGACCCAAUCAUCUCUCUCCCACUUAAUUCAUUUCAACAGAGCUUUAUUAAGGGCCUCUUCUGGGUCCAGGAAUGAGGACUUUGGUUCACAUGUUUGUCAAGGUUUGAUUCCAUGUGUUCCAAUUCUGAAUCUACUGAAAUGGGCCUCCCCUGGGGACACUAAAAGUAAAUGUGUUAAGAGAGCUUGGCCUUGGAUCCCUUGGACUUUCUGCAGCAACCCAUCCCUUGUGCAGGGACCCCAGAAGUCUCUGCUGACCUUUAGAAGAAGGGGCAGGAGCUGAAUCUCUUUUCCAUUCCAAACUCCUCUAUGAUGGAGAAGUGUAGCUCAUCAGUCCAUUGAUAGACCAAAGGCCUCUUUUGAGGGGAAGGGGCCAGCACUGCUCCUCAAACCCUUUCUCUCUUCCUAUUAGCUUCCAUUUUUAUCCCUCCCUCAAAACUCCACCUCCCCUUGCUGAUCUUUACCUAGAGGGGAGAUAACCUUGAGAUCCCUUCUCCUUCCAGCAUUGCAUGAUGCUUGCCUUGAGACCUUGUACAGGGGUUUGUAUAGAGCAUCAGUUGGGAUAUCAUCACUGUUUCCAGAUCAUUGGGGGCCUGCUUCUAGCCAAGGAGAGACUAUUCUCUGAGAGGUGUGUGUGCACUGUAAAUGGGUACUUUCCACCAACCAUGUGUUUUUCUUAUGUGUACUGAGAAAUAUAUGAGAUCUCCUUUAAGGGAGGGUUUGCUUUUUUUGUGUGUGUCUGCCAUCUAGGACCAGUCUAAAACUGGGAGAGCUUAAUUACUUUUUAAUCACUUGUUAAUUGUUUAAAGAUUUAUUUCAUUGCCUGCUGAGAUAAGAGCUCAGUAGAAUCGGUUAGUUAGAAAAGGGCUAAUUUCCUUCCCCACUGUGAAUCCUCAUAGAAUGGUUCCAGCUGGGUCCCCAGAGUUGGGUGGGAAGAGGGACAGUUAGUUGUCCUGUUUCCCACCUGGCCUCCAUAUGGCCGGAGGGCCAUACCUACUGUAUGAUUGUGUGUGUGUGUGAGGUGUGUGUGUGUAUGUGUGUGGCAUCUCUAUUGAAAGGGAUGUGGAUGUGUGUAUAGCUGUCUGAGGCUUGAUCCUUGGUGUGGGUGACAUGUAAGUUUGAGUGGGUGGGUAUGAGUGUGUAUCCUUUCAUCAUCUUGUGUAAAUGAGUUUCAAUGUAUCCAUCAACUGGAUUGAUCUUUGGACUGGAAGAUGUAAGAGUUAGGAGAGGCCCAUGGGUGUAGCACCUUGUUUUCCACUAAGUAAGAGUGUUGCCUGGUAAGGAAAGCUUCGAUGGAGAAUCUGGCUCCUGGCCCAACCAAGAUGAAAUGUAAAAUGCCUGUACAAACCCUUCCUUCUCAGAAGAGGCUUCCUCUUGGCCUCCCACUGUAUUGCACCUCUAGUUCUCUUGUUAAUUCCUUGAGUUUGUGCUGUGAUUCUUGUGUGUGUCUAGACUUCUUUUCUGCACUAGAAUAAAGGACCUGUUCUUACCCA